AUGAUUUCUGUGGUGGAAAGUGAUGUGACUUUGUUAAUGCCUUAUAUGAGCCCCAUAGACCCCCUUGAGCAAGUUUUAACGGGGGAUGAAGAAGAAAGUGAAGAUGAGAUAAUGGAAGAAAGUGAGCAACAAAGGAAGUUAAAUCCUAUUAUGAAGGAGGUCAUGAAGAAGGAAGUAAUUAAGUGGCUUGAUGCAAGUAUUAUCUUCCCUAUCUCUAACAGAAACUGGAUUGUCAUAUUCCUAGAGGAUCGGGAGAAAAUGACUUUCAUGUGUCCUUAUGGUACUUUUGCUUUCAAGCGAAUGGUGUUUGGUCUUUGUAAUGCACCGGCCACUUUCCAGAGGUGCAUGAUGGCCAUUUUCACUGAUAUGGUAGAAAUGUUUGUAGAAGUUUUAAUGGAUGAUUUUUCACUCUUUGGGUUGCUUGAAAAGGAUGUGACUUUCAAAUUUGAUGAAGCCUUCCUGAAGGCAUUCAAGGAGCUCAAAAAUAAGUUGGUAGCUGCCCCCAUUAUUGUAGCACCGGAUUAG